AUGGUCCGAGGAAGCAAUUUCAUAAUUACAUUCCUUAAUUGUGUUACUCUAUUGGUUUCUCUAGUAGCCAUAGGGCUUUCAAUUUGGCUCAACUUAAACAACAGCUCUAAGCUUUGCCAGGAAGUGUUGCAAAAGCCUUUGCUGAUACUGGGAGUGUAUCUACUGGUUGUUUCGAUAUUGGGAUUGAUUGGGUCCUUGUGCGGAUUCUCGUUUAUACUGUUGAUAUAUUUGUUCUUGUUGUUUUUGCUCAUUGUUGGAUUGCUCUGUUUCACGUUGUUCACAAUUUUGGUCACAAAUAAAAAUGUGAGCAAGGCAUUAUCUGGGAGAGGUUAUAAGGAAAUCAAAUCUGGAGAUUACACCAAAUGGUUGCAGAAGUAUGUGGAUAAUGCAGAGAAUUGGGGGGAGAUUAAGAGUUGUUUGGUUGAUACCAAAUUUUGUCAGCGUAUACCAACUGACAAAGGGGCUGAUUUUUACAAAUAUAGACUCACUCAUAUUCAGUCGAGUUGCUGCAAGCCACCCACUUACUGCGGCUUGGAGUUCCACAAUGCUACUUACUGGACCAUGCCCAAUACAGGGCCAGCGGUAGCAGACGAUGACUGCAAGAUUUGGAGCAAUGUACAGAGCGAGCUCUGCUUCAAUUGUCAAUCAUGUAAGGUGGCAUUCCUUGACCACAUCCAGAAAGAUUGGAAGAUAUGUUCCCUCGUCAACUUUGGCCUCUUACUUCUUGUCCUCUUUGUUUACGGUGUUGGCUGCUGUGCAUUCAGGAACAACAAAUCAAAGGGAAAUCAUAGGCAAAAAUCAUGCCCUGCAUGAGCCAUAUUGAUUCGUUGCAUCUCCAUUUUCUUAAUGAUUAACAGUA